AGACAGACUGUUUUUGCUGCAGUGAACGGCAGCCGUGGAGAGAGAGCGAGAGAGAGACAAGCGAUACAAACACAGAGUGAGAGAGAGAGAGAGAGAGAGAGAGAGAGCACGGGAGGAAAAGCAAGAAAAACAAAGAGUCAGGAGAAGGAACAAGGAGAUAAAAAAGUCGAUAAAAACAGAUUGAGAGAAGGCUCCGGACGAGCGACUGCUGCGCAUCAAAGGAGUGACCGUACUGGGGACCUUAUUGGAGACCAGCGCCAACAAAACCCGACUCCGGAGGCGGAAUAUAACGGUGACACUCCAGAGCUCCUCUGCCCUCCUGAGGAUUCAGUGAGACAGGCGGAUCUGUGCGCCCGACCAUGGCCUUCCCAUCAGCCCCCUCCGCAUUAUGGAGUGUCAGCUUAUUGACAGUACUAUUCGCAGCUGCGGUUCACAGCAACAUUAUCUACGACGACGACCCUUUGCAGCCAGUGACCUCAGAUGAGAUGGUGUCUGUGGGGGGCACGGUGACACUGACCUGCCGGGUGCCCGAGAGCGAUAACUCCUCACUGCAAUGGUCCAACACUGCACAACAGACCCUGUACUUUGGAGAGAAGAGAGCACUGAGAGAUAACCGCAUCCAGCUGCACCGCUCGACACCCACCGAGCUUUCCAUAACCAUCGCCGACGUGCAGCUGUCCGAUGAGGGCGAGUACACCUGCUCCAUCUUCACCAUGCCGGUCCGCACCGCCCGAGCCACAGUCACUGUGCUAGGUGUGCCCGGUAAACCUCAGAUCUUGGGCUUUGAGAAUCCAGUGCCGGAGGGGGGCAAAGUCACCCUGACCUGCACCAGUGCAGGCAGCAAACCCCCUGCCAGGCUGCGCUGGUUCCGAGACGACCAGGAGCUGGAAGGACGUCCAGACGUGGUGGAGUCCGUUCCAGACAAUCCCACAUACAACGUGAGCAGUGAGCUCACCCUGGAUGUGAGCCGCGAUGACGACAACGCCCUCAUCACCUGCGCUGUCGACCAUCCCUCUCUCGCCCCGGGGGACAAGAGGAACGUGUACACUCUGCGGGUGUUGUAUUCUCCUAAUGUAGAGAUCCUGCCUGAGAGCGAUCUGCCUAGAGAGGGGGAGAAGUUUUAUCUUCAGUGUAAGGGCAACGGCAACCCUGAGCCCACCUCCUACACGUGGGAGAAGAAGGAUGGAGAGCUCCCCCCUCUGGCCAAAGCCGACGGUGCUUUCUUGCGUUUCGAGAUGCUCAACAAAUCAGAUAAUGGCGUCUACCUCUGCCAUGCCGACAACGGCAUAGGAAACAGCCAGGGGGAGUACAAACUCCUGGUGCAAGAUCCCACGGACCCAGACUCCCCAGACACUACCUUAUCCUUCCUUGGCUCCCCAACUUCUCCAUCUUCCUCCUCCUCCCCCCUCCCAUCCUCCUCUCCUUUUGACAUCUUCUCUGGCUCCGGCCCUGAUCCCACUACCUCCUCCUCCCCUUCUGACCUCACCUCCCCUGACUCCUCCCCUAGUCCCACCCCCACCACGGCUGACGAGUCGGACAGACUCUCCACCACCACCCUCUCCAACGUCCUCUUCCCCGACCUGCCACUCUCUCCCUCCUCCUCCCCGACUACUCCCGCCCCCUCCUCUGCAAGCAUCGCUCCGUCCACCGCCGAACCCUCCCACUCCUCCCCUGCCUCCUCCCUUACUCCCUCAGUUUCCGUCCGGCUGAAUGGAGUUUACACUUUCACAGACAUCCAACAAUCCAUCUACCCAUUCACUUCAGAAGAUGCUGCAGGCAACAUUACAGACCCCACAGCCAUGUCGACCUCUUCAGGGGUGGACCACGCUGUGAUUGGAGGGGUGGUGGCUGUUAUUGUCUUCAUCCUGCUCUGCCUCCUCAUCGUCCUCGGCAGAUACCUCAUCAGACACAAAGGAACAUACCUGACCCACGAGGCCAAGGGCUCGGACGAUGCCCCCGAUGCAGACACGGCCAUCAUCAACGCAGAGGGAGGCCACUCCGGAGCAGAGGACAAGAAGGAGUACUUCAUCUAGAUAGAGGAUGGGAGCAUUGGAGGAAAGGAGCGGGAGGAAGGGGGGGAGGAUGAAAAGCUGGAAGACGUGGAUUAGAAGAGUGGGGAGGAGUGACGGGGAAAAAAAACCUCCAUUUGUUUUCACGACGCUUCAGUUCUUCACUCGGUUGGAGGGAUGAUGGGAGGGGACGGGAGGGAAAGAACUGUGGGCAGGAUAAAGCGAUGAGUUGAGCUUCAACUGGUACUACCCUCUUUGCAUUGAUACAGGGAAGUGAGAUUUUGCACUGACACACGGACGAACUGAAGUUACACACUCAAACACACACACACAAACAUACAUACAUGAGUCGGUUUUGGGGGAAACUCCUCACACACAGACUUGAAUGCUCGUAGAUGCUCAGAUUAACAAACACGAGCCUCCUACUCUACUAACACGUCUGAAAUAUUUCUGAAUGACACAUUAACACAUUUUUACACAGGCAUCGUAUCCUACUUCUAACUGUCAGCGCCUCGAAAAAGCAAAAUUGUAACUCACAUUCCGGCAUCCCGAGCUGAUACUUCACUUCUCACACCUCGCCAACCUCGUCUACUCGACAUUUAAACCAAACCAGCUCUGUCUUUUCACGUUUUUGUCCUCAUUCUUUUCAUCUAACAAGGCGGUAUCCCUCUGUAAACAUUCUAGUGGCAGAGAAAUCCAUCCAAAGCAAAUUACUACUGACAAACAUAAUCUCCCUCUCUUGCAGUUUAAUCUUUUUAUGCCAUCAAACCUCUUCCUGCAUCCUCUCAAACCCCUGGUACAGGCCGUCGAAUUCCCCACAUCGCAGCACCAUAUGACAUGCAACACUCAUGCAAAAAUUGCAUUCCCGCCUUGCGCUACCAAGCCGAGGGGCUCCAGUAUACAUAUAUAAAUAUAUAUAUAUAGAAUUAUAUAGCAUUCUUUUUACUUGACAGAAAAUGUUUGGUGUGCUGUAAAUACACACUCUCUCUCUCUCUCUCUCUCUCUGUCCCUGUCCUCUAUCUCGGUCUAUCCCUCUUCUCUUUCUCUCUACAUUUCCCUCUCUCCUGUAUCUCAUACAGUCUGUUACUGCAUUACAGUGACUUAUAUACUCUAAAAAAAAAAAAAAAAAGCCUGCCUGUUUUUAUUACAUGCGUGGAAAUGCAGAGUCAAAACUAUCAAUAUCUGGGAAAAAAAUAUAAAAAUAACGACGAUGAUGUUGCCAUGAAAACUAACCUUAACUGCAAAUAUUUGUAAGAGGAACGUUUUCCUUCUUUUCUUUCUUUUUCUUUUUUUUCCCUUUGGUUUUUUGGGGACUUAUGAGAGAUUUCCUCUCGUCAGUGUCUCAGUGUGUUACUGUCAGUGUUAACAGUUUAUAGUGUCUGUCGGUUUGUCAGUCCAGGAGUCCAUACAUCUAAUUUUCCGACUUGUAUUUCGAUUUUGAGUUUUAAAGCUUUUGAUGCUAUUUCUUUACUUUUCUUUUUAGCGCCACGUUCAGUGUGGCCGUUUUCUCCCUGCUCUGUCGGCCCUUUACUCCCAAACACUAAACUGUAGCAAAACCUCGGUCGAACGCAGCUUCGAAAAGGUGUCAAAGUGUUUGGUGGAGUUUUCCUGGAGUAUCACUGCCUGGCCGGCGCAUGUGGACCGUCGUGGUCUUCCUUCCAAUUGGCCCCCGCUGAACGUAAAGCUUGACUCCGCCAUCUUUCUCCCCGUAGCAGACUGCUUGUCUUGGCUCAGCCACCUGGCAUUAAAUUCAUCGAGUAGUGACAUCAUGACUUCCUCUAAGAAGCUGGCACGGUUGCCGCUUCGGGGAGGUGAAAAUGCUUGCUCGCUUUUCACUACAGGGCCAAACAGGACUGCCUACAUGCAUUAUGACAAACUCCCUGGCCAAAAAAAACCCUUUCUCUUAUUGUUUCUCUUUCUGUGUGUGUGUUAUUGCAAGCAGGAAUCAUUUGCCAGCUUAGCAAAAGGUUCCCAUAAAUGAACGGUGUUUUAUUAAGGUUGGGAGUUCGCCUUGGUGUUGGCAAGCUCCACUUGGCCCGGUCGUGGAAAUUGAUUGCAAUCUAACUAAGAGGCUCUGGGCUCCAGACUGUAUUCAUGCCAAGGUUUGGCUUGGUGGGCAGGGUGCCCGAGCCGGAGUCUGGGCUGCACUAACACUGAAGAAAGUCAUUUAGGAACGUAAAUGUCCUCUUCUCUUUUUUUACCCCCUCCGCUCCACUCGUCCAUUUCUUUUCAUUCUUUAAUCAAUCAUCUUGUCUGCGUCCUGAUCCACCUUCACCCGGUCUCUCCUCUCCUCAUCACUCCAUCCCCCUUGUCCCCCCCUCCUCCUUCCCAUUUCCCAUCUCAGAUCGAUGUCCGAUUCUCCUUGCUGGUCUCUCUCUCAUUCAGGAGUCCAUAGACGUACAGUAGAAGUAGCGUCUCUCGGUUUGCUGGCGUGUGCUGGUGGCUCUCUGCGGCACUUUUGGGGGGUGUUUUAGGAGAGGAAUCCAUUUGCUGUCGUCAGUCUACCCCGUAGACAGUUAAGUCUGUGAUAGUUUUUGUACACCCCUUUUUGGGAACGUUCAGGGAUUGUGCUUUUCGUACCUUUCCCCGCAUUGUCGUUAACUGCAACCUAGCUAGCUGCUUUGAAAGCAAGUGGCCCGGCUAGUGUGUCUAUAAGCUAGCUAUACUACAAAGGGUAAUGUGACCUGAAGCAGGGCCAGCUGUUGUACUUUUUGUUUGUUUGUUUUUUGCUAGGGCUCUCGAUAAGAUUUUGGGUUGAUGCUGUAGUAAACUCUGCUUAAACAGUGUUCUAUUUGGAGACGUGCAGCAGGAAACUUCAAACAAACCUCUGUUUAUCCCAUGUUUGCUCUGCAACACUCCUCAGCUUUUCACAGCAUUCGUGUCUGCAGACCAGAGGACGGGCUUUGUCUCAAAGAGCUUAUUGUCCACUUUGAAGAGUAGCCCUUGAUUUGUAUUUAACACCGGUCGAAUUCUGCUCUGUGAAUGGAGAAAGGAAUACCUGCCUCGUACUCAACAAAGUGUUGUGUCUCUUAAAAACUAAUGGACCUGUAUUUGCCUGUAAUUUAUCGUCCUGUCCUUCGUCUUAGUUAAUGUGCUAGCAUGUAGCUUGCAUGAGAAAAGGUUGGAAAUGUAGAUAGUGUAGGAGAUAAGAAGUGCCGACAAGCACCUCUCCUGAGACAAGAGCGGCGGUCUGCCCGACUGACCCCCCUGCUGUUCUCUGAUCUGCAAACAUACACCGUGUCCCAGUUAAACCCGUCUGUACCUCCUCCACACAGCAGUCCUCGGGAUAACACUGAGAAAACCGAUGAUGUAGGACUCAUUCUGCUUUUCCCCUCUACUGCUGCAUUAAACUGAUGUAGGGGUACAACGGCGUUGAAUUGGGACGUGCAGUCAGUCUACUUCAUAUUUCAUUGCAUCAGUGCAGUAAUGACUAGCUGUCACCAGAUGCCAGCAAACAGCAGCUUUUCUUUGCCCUCUUCAGUCACACCGAGCUGUCCUGCCCCACCACUUGACUCUCACCAACUCCUCUUCAGGCAGUCGCACACUAGCUGCCAGUCAUCUCUUUAUUUUUGUAGUAUAAACAAAUUGAUUUUUAAAUUAUGUUUUGUAAAAGGUGUGCAUAAUCUUCAGUGUGUUACUUUUUAGUUCAAUUGAUCAUUUUCUCUUUUUUAAAUUAGAUUUUCCCAAACUUGGAGGUUAGAAACAUUUUUGUUUGGCAUUUUAUUCUUUCAACAACCACUUUUCUAUAAUUUCAUGUAUAUAGUGUUGCCUUUACUGGAUACUCUUACAAGCGCACCCAUACACACUUUGCACACACACUUUGGGUACAUACACAUCCACACACAUAUCUGGAUAUGCACGGCAGGCAUGACGUCUGUGACUAUGGUGUAUUUAUAUGUGUGUGUAUGUGUGUUUGUGUAUGAGUGUGAGGUGUGUAUUAAUUGACCCAAAACAGACUCCGGAGACACUCUUAUUACAUGUGUUGUAUUCACGAAAAUGUUAUGAUUUCGAUGACUAAAACAACGUCUUUGUUUCUCAGACUUAUUAUUUUGGAUGACAAGUCUUCCUUUUGAAUAAAUAUCCAUAUCACAUGAGAAUAGUGCUGUCAUGUAUGUUAAUUUGUACUAUGGCUGAUGAUGUCAUCAAGGCGAGACCCAACCGCAUGCUGUGGAGGGUUUGUGUCUGUUGGAUGUUCAUACCGUAUUUGUUUUAUUUCGUUUGGGUUCUUUUUCUUUUCUUUUUUUAAAUACCAGUUCAGUUGUUGACUUCAAUAAACAUGCAUUUGGGUUAAUUUCA